AUGCGUCAGGGCCUCUUUUCCUUUUCCUUUUUCUUUUUUGCUAUUAUUAGAACAUUUUCCACCCGUGAGGUGUAUUUUAGACUAAGGUAUAUUUGGUACCCCGCUCUUUUAAAGGGUUUUAAUAAGAGGGGUCAAAAACAAACAAACAAACCCAUGACUUCUCCAAAACGGCCCGUGACUUCUUUUGUUCCAUUUGAUGAAUCUUCCCAACAAACUACCACUGAUGUGAACAUAGUGGAAAUGGCGAUUCAUCGCUCUAUCGGACUUUUUUCUAUUAAUGUCUUUGACGACACAACAGCAGAUGUCGCACCAGAGGAUAGUAUGAAAUUAGACGACUCCACAAUUGCGUUGAUGAAAACAUACGUGCUUUCCCGUUUACUUGGCCAUCCCCAUGAACCACGCUUAACAUCGGAGGUUGAAUCGAGGUUCUCCGCAUUUAUUCAUGAGCGGAAUAGUCGAAACCUUCUUGAACUACAGCAGGUGUUUUGGUGGGCUCGAAAGUUUCACAAGACGCCUGUAACUGACCUCUUUGCGGAAUAUACACGUGGUCAUGCUGCUCAGCGACAGGCAUGGUGCCGCUCGAAAGGUAGAAAUGGUCAAUGUAUUUCUAGAGUAGAUCGUUCGUCAUUUCGUACCCGGUCGGUGUUACGAGAGUCGAUGCUUCCGUGUUUUUCAACUGGCAAAAGGGUUGGUGUUCCACCAUACAAUUACAGAGUAGCUCCAUCACUUCAAGAGGAUGUUGUGAGGGUGUUAUUGACAGCUUUAGCUCAACAACCGAUUAGUUUUCUCCUUCCUGACGGGCGUAUCCUUCCCCUAUUAAUGGCAAAUCCCAUACCAUUGCCCUCUUGCAUUACAAGUUCAUACCGCUGCGAUACUUGUGCCAAUUAUCCCUCAUAUGUGGCUUUUCAAUCAUCUGCAGGUGCAAAUGCACACGAAACCCCGGCUGACGUGACAUGUUUGUCUAGCAUCACAAUGUGCUUGCCUUGUGCAGUGCACUUCGUGUAUGAAAGCUUUGCUAAAAUGAAAGCAGCGUUGGCGCCACCGAAGUACGUGCCAUUUAACGAUGGGGAGUGUCGAAUGAACGUGUGGUCUGCGGUUUAUGAGGGAAACACAGUGUGGAUGUCUGUAGAACUUGAACCAAUUAAUUUAUAUUUGUGCGUGUGGCAGUUACAGGAAGGGCUGUUGAUGGACCAGCUGCCAUUCGCUGAGCAGUUCUCUUCGGUGGCGGUGCCAACAGGAACGUGGCGUGAGCAAGCAACAAUAGUUUCUCUUCACAAUGGUAAAAAGCAAUACGAUCCGACAGCCGUGUGCCCCAUAUGUUUAGAGCCGUUUAAUUCACUGGACCUGAACAAUGAAAAUAGCGUUUUCUCUGCGGUCAUGAAAACGAGUUGUCAGCAUUGGUUUCACACUCAAUGCCUUGUGGAUUUGCGGUGUGCCUCCUCGAGUAGUGGUGUUUGCCCGAUAUGUCGGAAUAAAAACUAUAUUCCGAAUUCAAGCACAAGUGAGGCAUAUGAGGUGAAAUUAACAUUGGCGCAAUCUCCACGGGGUAUGCGACCACCAGUUGUUAGAGUAGCGGUAGCGGCACUUCUUGGUGAGGAGUACAUAAACCCAACAUCUGUUGUUGCGUGUCGCGUCUUGAACCUUCGCUGUGGCGAGGAAUUUAACGAUCGGGAGAAAGACAGCUCCUGUUCUCCCAUGUAA